UUUGAUUUUAAUAACAAAUUUUAUUUUGUUUUUUAUUGGUAAUUAAGUAACCUGUUAAGUAAUUUUAUGAAGUAGUGCCUAUUAAAUUACUUAAUUGCUCCAUAUUUAUCAGUUAAUGUUAUUGUCUUUCUGCUUUCAAAGCUUCUGUUUACCUAAAACAGACCUAAAAUUCGAUUUGGAAAUCAGGUUAGAGGUCAAACGAUAACAAUCUGUUUCUAAAAUAGAACAAAACAGCAGAGAUCAGCUAAUUUAUAUAAAACAUUAUGAAUUUUAACACCAAGAAAGCAUGAUUGAAGAAGUUUUAACUGUUUUGCGCCGCGUUGAUGCGGUGUGUUUUGAUGUAGACUCUACAGUUAUUAGAGAAGAAGGAAUUGAUGAGUUAGCAAAGUUUUGUGGCAAGGGAUCUGAAGUCAGUAGUCUCACAGCAAAAGCUAUGGGUGGUUCGAUGACAUUUCAAGAAUCCCUUCAGUUACGUUUGAAUAUAAUUCAACCUUCGUUGAGUCAAGUUAAAGAUUUUAUUCGAAGUCAACCACCUACAUUAACACCUGGAAUAAAAAACCUGGUUAAUUUAUUACAUGCUAGAAAAAUACCUGUGUACUUAAUUUCUGGUGGAUUCCAGUGCAUUAUAGCACCUGUAGCCAAAGAACUGCACAUACCUUUUGAACAUAUUUUUGCUAAUAGAUUAAAAUUUUAUUAUAAUGGCGAUUUUGCUGGUUUCGACGAGAGUCAACCUACUUCACGAAGCGGUGGUAAAGGUGUUGUUAUACAGCAUUUAAAAGAUAAAUAUCAUUAUAGGAAUUUAAUUUUGAUUGGGGAUGGGGCCACAGAUCUAGAGGCUUGUCCUCCUGCAGAUGCGUUUAUAGGUUAUGGUGGAAAUAUCAUUAGGCCAAGCGUUAAAGCCAAAGCAAAAUGGUUCGUCACCGAUUUCAAUGAGAUUAUCAACGCCAUAUCGGAAUUGUAGAAUAUGGUUCACAUAAUUUUAAUAAAAGUUUAUUUUUA